AUGAAAGCAGCAGUCAUUACAGGAAACAAAGUUUCCGAUUUUGAAAUUAAAGAAGUGCCAACUCCCGAAAUUUCCGAAAACGAGAUCCUCAUCAAAUCGAAAGCAUUUGCCGUUAACCCAACUGAUUGGAAGCAUGUUGAAUUUCAAUUUAGUAAAGAAGGAGAUAUUUUAGGCAGUGAUGUUAGUGGAAUUGUGGAAAAGGUUGGUGCUAAAGUUGACAAUUUCAAAGUUGGUGAUUAUGUCAGUUCAUUUAUUGUUGGAAACAUAUCACCCAAAAAUGGAGCUUGGGCCGAAUAUGUUGCUGCUAAUCCAUUGGGAACAGUCAAGUACCCUCAGUUGACGGAAGAUCCAAGCAAGACUGAAGCUGGCCCCAUUACUACUUUUGAAGGGGCAGCCAGUGUCAGUUUAGGUUUAGUCACUGUCGGUUAUUCAUUCUCUUAUUCGUUGAGAAUUCCAGAAAAUGUUGUUGAAGGCGAUUUCAUCUUGAUUUGGGGUGGUGCUACUGCCACUGGUGCCUUGGCUAUUCAAUUGGCCAAGUUGAUCUAUGGUUUAAGAGUAGUUGCCACUGCUUCCCCAAAGAAUCACGAGUAUCUUAAAUCUUUAGGAGCUGAAUACGUGUUUGAUUAUCAUGAUGAUCAAGUUGUUGACAGAAUUAAGGAGGUUGUUGGUGGCACAUUGAAAUUUGGAUUUGAUACAAUCGGCACACCUGAAUCUUUCCAAUCGGUUUAUGAUGCGACAGCCAACACCGAGGUAACCAUAUUCCUUGACUCUACAUUGUUUCAAGAUAAAUCCAGCAUCAAGUUGAAUGAGUCAAGAGACAAUUACAAGAUUCAUUGGGGUCACACUUUGGCCUAUCUUGCAAUCACGAAAACAAAAUUUUUUGGUAAAGAUUUAUACCAGCCCGAUGAUUUAUUAAAGGCUUUUGAACCUUGGUGGACUGAGGUUUUACCAAAGUACAUUGACAAGGUAAAGCAUACAAAUUUGGAAGUUUUACCACGUGGUUUACAAAGCGCUGGUAAAGCUUUGGAAUUAUCGAAGAAUGGUGUAUCUAAUGCUAAAGUUGUAUUUGAUGUGUAA